AUGGAUGGCCUUGUCGAAUUAAACGUAUCUUUAUUAAAGAUGCGUGACAAUAUCAACAAGAGCAACGUGUUACUUGCGGGGGAUUUUAAUGCACCUGACAUUGAUUGGCAAAAUCCCGAAACUUCCAGUACAUGCAAGACAUCCGAAAGAUUACUCGAAAUAAUAGACGAACAUGAUUUAACCCAACUAGUCCAAGAACCCACAAGACGACAAGGGGAAAUACAAAAUAUUUUAGACCUUGUAUUGUCUAACAACAAAAACCUUGUGCGCAAU